AUGAGAGUAGCUAGAAAAUGCUCAUAUUGUGGAACUAUAGGUCACAAUUCAAGGACUUGUAGUUACACUCUAAGUCACAAACAACUUUAUCUUUAUUCUUCUUGUUCUUCACCUUCAUCCCUUAACUCCCGAUUUCGUGUAAAUGAAAGUUCAGAAAAUUACUCUGGAAGUGACCUCAUAUCUACAAUUCCAUGCAGUAAAAAAGGUAUGUUGUGGACUGAGGAUGAACACUAUAGGUUUCUUAGAGGGCUUGAGAAACAUGGGAAGGGUAACUGGAGAAAUAUAUCUAAAGAUUUUGUGACAACAAGAACACCAACCCAAGUGGCAAGUCAUGCACAAAAACAUUUUAUUCGUGUCUAUUCGAAAAGCAUCAUGAAUAGAACACAACACAAUCUCAGUCUCAUUAGUGUGGGAGGUGAAAGUAAAACAAGAUUUGAAGCAUUUUAUGAACCAAGUGAAGCUUUUGGUUCAUUAUCAGGAAUGACUAGUUUGACAGCAAAUGAUAUUAGCUGCAUGAGCCAACUAAGUAGCAGAAGAAACUUUCUUUCUCAGUGGCUUUGUCAUCCUCAAUAUUCAGUGCUGAAAUGGCCUAACUCUUCAAUUUCAACGAAUUGUAGUCCUCAAAAAGAAGCACCUGAUUUAGAACUCAAACUUGCAACUCCUACGCCAUUAGAGCUAACACAGGCAUGCUCUGGAAGCCAUUUAAGUUAA